GUGCACAGCUCUAACAAUAUGUUGAAAUGGUGAUUUAUUGAUUUUUAUUUAUGGCCGUUUUUUUUUUAACUGAAUAAAUCCAGCUGAGGGGGAGAGACGCGCGCCAUGCGUUCCAAACAGGUGUGUUCCUGGGCGGGAGUCGCGUGGCUGUUUUCCCGCCCCUUACUUUCGGGGAUGAAAUGCCAACCGUUAAGACCGCUCCGUAUCCAUUAGUAACCAGGGAAGCGUUAAUCACACAUUUGGCCGACAUUUUAAUUUAGCAGCCGCUUUAGAGGUGUUUGUUUACCUUUCGCAGCUGAGUGCGUAUUGCGAGUCAUAGGCCAUCUCUAUAGGUCUACUUUAUUGAAGUGUCGAUACUCUGUAAAACUUCAAAGUGUGUCACGUUUUAAAGGGCGUAACUUUGGAAAAGAGCCUUUACAUUUUGGUUGAGGACAUGAUUCGCUCUUCAGUGGGUCAUUAUCUAUCUCUCUCGCCAUCAUCAAACUGACCCGUGUCAAGACACACCGCAACAAACCACGAUGCUGAUUUUACUCCAGCUGAUAAAUGUAUUGUUGUUGACCAGCAUUGGCUCCACUGAUGCAGAGAAACUCUUCCACAGUCGGGAUCAUUCCGACCUACAGAUCCCCUCCUCUCACCAGGCUGAGCUCAUAACAGACAAGGAUACUGCAGAGCUAUUUCUCUCAAGGUACGGCUUCAUAAGACCGGUGAACUGGGAGGAGCUCCAGUUUGACCAAUCAACAGGCAUUUCUAACGAUGAAGACUUUCCCGGGGAGGAAGACCUAUCUGGGAUACAGGAGGGAGACUCAUCGUUGUCACGUGCAGAGACUGAUGAUGAUGAUGAUGACGAAGACUCUCCAAAUCCCACUGAAAGCCAAGCCUUCAUCUCAGCUCUCAGAGACUUCCAGAUGGUGUCCGGCCUGUCUGUCACAGGGCUGUUUGACGACGCCACCAAGGCUGCCAUGAACAAGCCAAGGUGUGGGGUCCCGGAUAAGGAGACGGAUGAUGCUACUGAGGAAGUACACGACUCCACCAGCUCAGCGCUUGGUAUCAACACCGCCACCUGGCUAACUAAGAACACAGACACCUCAGAAUACUCUAACAAAACCUUCAGUGGUGUUUUAAAUGGCUCUGCUACUGAUUACCCAGUGGACAAUAACAUAUUGACUAACCUUUCUAAUGGCACUGAUGGAAACUAUACAGAGGUUGACAAUUCAUUCAGUGACAUUUUUAAUAGCACUGUUAGUACCCACAAAGGUGAUAUAUCUGCCAGUAGCACAACAGAAUACUACGACCCAGUCGGUGAUACUCUCAAUGAUUCUGCUAUAAACAACACAGAGAAUAACAGCAAUACACACAGUCACACAGGGAACGACCCUACCACUGCUAUUGACAGACCUCAUCAGAGCCCUCCUCCUACCACUGCUACUGACAGACCUCAUCAGAGGCCUCCUCCUACCACUGCUACUGACAGACCUCAUCAGAGCCCUCCUCCUACCACUGCUACUGACAGACCUCCUCCUCCUACCACUGCUACUGACAGACCUCAUCAGAGGCCUCCUCCUACCACUGCUACUGACAGACCUCAUCAGAGGCCUCCUCCUACCACUGCUACUGACAGACCUCAUCAGACGCCUCCUCCUACCACUGGUACUGACAGACCUCAUCAGAGCCCUCCUCCUACCACUGGUACUGACAGACCUCAUCAGCGUCAGAGCCCUCCUCCUACCACUGCUACUGACAGACCUCAUCUUAGUCAGAGCCCUCCUCUUACCACUGCUACUGACAGACCUCAUUGGAGCACACCUACCACUGCUACUGACAGACCUCAUCAGCAUCAGAGCCCUCCUCCUACCACUGCUAAUGACAGACCUCAUCAGAACCCUCCUCCUACCAGUGCUACUGACAGACCUCAUUGGAGCCGCACUCCUACCACUGCUACUGACAGACCUCAUCAGCGUCAGAGCCCUCCUCCUACCACUGCUACUGACAGACCUCAACAGAGCCCUCCUUCUACCACUGCUACUGACAGACCUCAUCAGAGCCUUCCUCCUACCACUGCUACUAACGGACCUCAUCAGAGCCCUCCUCCUACCACUGGUACUGACAGACCUCAUCAGAGCCCUCCUCCUACCACUGGUACUGACAGACCUCAUCAGCGUCAGAGCCCUCCUCCUACCACUGCUAUUGACAGAUCUCAUCAGAGCCCUCCUCCUACCACUGCUACUGACAGACCUCAUCAGAGGCCUCCUCCUACCACUGCUACUGACAGACCUCAUCAGAGCCCUCCUCCUACCACUGCUACUGACAAACCUCAUCAGAGCCCUCCUCCUACCACUGCUACUGACAGACCUCAUCAGAGCCCUCCUCCUACCACUGCUACUGACAGACCUCAUCAGAGCCCUCCUCCUACCACUGCUACUGACAGACCUCAUCAGAGCCCUCCUCCUACCACUGCUACUGACAGACCUCAUCAGCGUCAGAUCCCUCCUCCUAUCACUGCUACUGAUAGACCUCAUCAGAGCCCUCCUCCUACCACUGCUACUGACAGACCUCAACAGAGUCAGAGCCCUCCUCUUACCAUUGCUACUGACAGACCUCAAUGGAGCACUCCUACCACUGCUACUGACAGACCUCAUUGGAGCCGCACUCCUACCACUGCUACUGACAGACCUCAUCAGCGUCAGAGCCCUCCUCUUACCAUUGCUACUGACAGACCUCAAUGGAGCACUCCUACCACUGCUACUGACAGACCUCAUUGGAGCCGCACUCCUACCACUGCUAAUGACAGACCUCAUCAGAACCCUCCUACCACUGCUACUGACAGACCUCAUCAGAACCCUCCUCCUACCACUGCUACUGACCGACGUCAUCAGAACCCUCCUCCUACCACUGCUAAUGACAGACCUCAUCAGAGCCCUCCUCCUACCACUGCUACUGACAGACCUCAUCAGAGCCCUCCUCCUACCACUGCUACUGACAGACCUCAUCAGAGCCCUCCUCCUACCACUGCUACUGACAGACCUCAUCAGAGCCCUCCUCCUACCACUGCUACUGACAGACCUCAUCGGAGCCCUUUUCCUACCACUGCUACUGACAGACCUCAUCAGCAUCAGAACAGCGUGGCCUCACUGCUGUCCAAGCGGAGACAGAAGAGACAUGUGGGGAAACGUGCAUGGGGAAACAUGGCAUUCUCCAAAAUGGUGCUGAAGUGGAGGCUGAUAGGAGAGGGUUACAGCAGUCAGCUGACCAUACAGGACCAGAGACAUAUCAUCAGCCUGGCCUUCAGGAUGUGGAGCGAGGUGUCUCCCCUGGAGUUUAUAGAGGACACAUCCUCUCCCCUGGCGGAUGUAGACAUCAAACUGGGUUUUGGAACAGGGAGACACUUGGGAUGCAACCAGAAGUUCGAUGGUACUGGACGAGAGUUUGCUCACGCCUGGUUCCUGGGAGACAUUCACUUCGAUGACGAUGAACAUUUUACUGCACCUAACACUGGCAGUGGCAUCAGCCUGCUCAAAGUGGCAGUGCAUGAGAUAGGCCACGUCCUGGGCCUGCCUCACAUCUACAGGACUGGUUCCAUUAUGCAACCAAGUUACCUGCCCCAGGAAUCAGGCUUCGAGAUCAACUGGAUGGACAGGAAGUCCAUACAGCACCUCUAUGGGGGCUGUAAGGGUCAGUACAACACAGUGUUUGACUGGAUCAGGAAGGAGAGAACCCAGUACGGUGAGGUGGUGAUUCGUUUCAACACCUACUUCAUGAGGGACGGCAGGUACUGGCUCUAUGAGAACAGGACCAACCGAACCCGCUAUGGUGACCCGGUGGCUCUUCAGGUGGGCUGGCACGGCAUACCUCCCGACGGGGUAGACGCAUGUGUUCACGUGUGGAACAGGAACACUGAUGCUGUCUACUUCUUUAAAGGCACCCAGUACUGGAGGUAUGAUGAUGACAAUGACCAGGUGUUUACAGUGGACCCUGAGGGACACCUCUACCCUAGACUCAUCUCUGAGGGGUUCCCAGGGGUGCCCAGUCCUAUAGACACAGCCUUCUAUGACAGGAGGGACUAUCACAUCUACUUCUUCAAGGGCACCUAUGUGUAUGUGUUCGACGUGACAGCCACCCGCGUGUCCCCAGGCUUCCCCAGGAAGAUCACCGCUGUGUUCCCAGCAGUAGUGUCUGGGGAUCACCCGGGCGGUAGCAUAGACGCCGCCUACUUCUCCUACACGCACAACGCUGUCUUCCUGUUCAAGGAUACACUGUUCUGGAGGGUGGUGGGGAGGAGCAGAGACCGCUGGAGGAGACCGGCGCUGCCACGCAACGACCUGCUGCCACGCAACGGCCUGCUGCCACACAACGGCCUGCUGCCACGCAGGAAGGUGGAGGAACAGUGGUUUGACAUUUGUAACGUUCACCCCUCGGCUCUGAAGGUGGCCCGUCGAUGAGAGGGGGGGGCUAUGAGGAUUCUGUGUAACGUUCACCCCUCGGCCCUGAAAGUGGCCCGUCGAUGAGAGGGGGGGGCUAUGAGGAUUCUGUGUAACGUUCACCCCUCGGCCCUGAAAGUGGCCCGUCGAUGAGAGGGGGGGGCUAUGAGGAUUCUGUGUAACGUUCACCCCUCGGCCCUGAAAGUGGCCCGUCGAUGAGAGGGGGGGGGCUAUGAGGAUUCUGUGUAACGUUCACCCCUCGGCUCUGAAAGUGGCCCGUCGAUGAGAGGGGGGGGCUAUGAGGAUUCUGUGUAACGUUCACCCCUCGGCCCUGAAAGUGGCCCUUCGAUGAGAGGGGGGGGGGGGGGGACUAUGAGGAUUCUGUGGGAUUAGUGGAGCCUGGACCCAGAUCGGAUGGCACUCGUACCAACUCUAAACAUGACACUGAGUGAGCAGCACAGACUGGCCCCGUAGCCAUGACAACAGAGUUCCUAAGGUGACCGCUGGUUUCACAGUAAACUGACUUAUAUCCAUUACAUUAUAAAGAUGUAUUAGUCUACAACACAUUUAAUUCAUUAUGAUAACUAUUGUUAACUAUUAUCAACCUUGUACAUGUCCACAAUAUAUAUUUAGUUGUUUCAAAAAAUUAUUUUAAUAGUUUAAUGGCCACGAUUACAGACACCUGUGUCUUUUGACACUAUAUAAACGCAGUGUUUAUACCCUGAUGAAGACGGUUUGGGCUGUCGAAACGUUGGACAUCUGAGCUCCUAGAGUGGUGAGGCUCUCCUUUACUAUUACAUAUUGGAAUAGUUUACACAAUAUGUCGUUGAAGACAAUAAUGCCUUUUUUUUGGCAUGUUCUUAUGUUUCAUUUCUAUAAAAUCAGUUGUAUUUAUAUGGACUGAAUUGAAUUGACAAAAACAAACUCUGAAAACGCAGUUUUUAAUUUAGACUGAGAUCAGAUACAUGUUCCCUAUUAAAGACUUGUAACAACAAACACAAAA